CGCGCCAUGCUGCUCCGGAGAGGCCUCGCUCUGCAGCACUGCGCAGGCCGCCUCCUCGGGCCCCGCGGCGGAGCUUGGUCUCCCGCCGCCUCCCCCAGCAAGCGCGCCCGCUCGGCCGGCGACGAGGGGCCCGUGCGGCUGCAGUUCGUGCGGCUGUCCGAGCACGCCACGGCCCCCACCCGGGGGUCCGCCCGAGCCGCCGGCUACGACCUCUACAGCGCCUAUGACUACUCAAUCCCUGCCAUGGAGAAGGCCCUUGUGAAAACGGACAUUCAGAUCUCCCUGCCUCAUGGGUGCUAUGGCCGAGUUGCUCCCCGGUCCGGUCUGGCUGCGAAGCACUUUAUCGACGUGGGAGCCGGGGUCAUAGACGAGGAUUACAGAGGAAAUGUUGGCGUGAUCCUGUUUAAUUUUGGCAAGGAAAAGUUUGAAGUCAAAAAGGGUGACCGAAUUGCCCAGCUGAUUUGUGAACGAGUUUUCUAUCCGGAGCUUGAGGAGGUCCAAGGUUUGGAUGACACUGAGCGAGGGUCAGGAGGCUUUGGUUCUACUGGUCAGAACUGAAGUGGGGAGAAAAGUCCAGCUGGGGUCCGUUUGUUGGGUGUGUUGGCAAUAAAUUGGGCUUUUCAGA